GAAGUCUGUCUGCUGUUGUAAACAACUCUAGAAUUCCAAGUUCUGCUGUGCAGACCUUCGGUGACGUGGUUGCUUCCAAGAGCCCUAGUCCCAUCGUUCAAACCAAUAGUCUGAGUCUAUCAGAUUCUAAAUCUGCCAGUAUAAGUCAAACUGGUACAAGUUCAAAGCCAGAUCCCAUAAGUCGUCAUUUAGAAACUUUUAAGAAUCCAAGUCCAUUAAGAAUCCAAACACUUGAGGACACAGUGCCAAAGGCUGUAAGUCCGGUCACAGUUCCAAGGCUUUCAAGUCCAGCAUCCAAAAGUGAAAGUCCAAUAACCGUUCCAAAGACUGCCAGUCCAGUGUUGAUUCCGAGAAUUUCAAGUCCUGUUACAAGCCCUAAUAUCUCUUGUUCACCAUCAGAAUACAAUAGCUCUAGUCCAGAGGCAAGUACAAAGAAUGCCAGCUCAGUAAUGUCGCCUAGGAGUUCAGUAAGACAACCCAAGACUGAAUCUGCAGUUCCUAAUAGUCCUUCUCCAGUAGUUAAAAAAACAUACAACUUUGCAGCCACCAGCAGUCCCAGAUCAUCACCUAUCUCACCAUCAAUGGCACGAUAUAACACCCUGUCACCCCCAAACGUAGAAAAACAAGCGAGCAUGGUGCCAUAUUUAACGUGGCCUUGCCGGGAGCCUUUACUGGAUGACGCAUUAGACAAACUACUAGCCCCCGACUCUGCACAAUCUUCGGCACAAUUCUUGUCUGGAGAUGAAGACAGAUCUUGGGAGGACGAUGAUGGACUUAACCUCGAUCUGAGCCUCGAGGGAACCCUCACACCUAUGACUGAGUCCAGCUGGAUGGAUGAGUGUUUCACCCCUUCCACCUGCCCAGGGACACCAGAUGCCACACUGGACCUGCCCAUACAGCAGCCUUCUGCUGUAGAGAGGCUCUCUGCCUCUGGCCAACUCAAGUCAGUUAUCCGCCGCACCAAAGAGACCUCCAAUGUGCAUCCAAUGUACAGGGAGGGGCUUCUCCGCCGUAAAAUGGGACCAAUCAUUGUGAAUAAAAGCAACUCACAGGACCGACUCAUUCAGGAGCUGCAGGGAAAACUGGGGAUAGGGCGGGUGGAGCGCCGGCGCAAACAGCAGCCAGAUGACUGGCUGACGGAGGGAGUCAUUGUCAUGUCUAACCCACAGCGUACACGUGAAGAGGGGGUCCGUCCAUCUGUGGAUAAGAUCAUUCUCUCUCCUGAAUCUCCUUCCCCACCGAGAAAAGUCCUACCCUCUCCACAGUCUCCCCCAGUGCCCAAAAAACUUCCCCCAGUUAAGCAGACUCCUCCUCCCCUUCCUCCUCCCCCUCCAACUCCUCCGCCUCCUCGGGAGCCUACUCCACCACCCCCCAAAGUGCCAACUCCUCCCCCGAGGGAGCCCACACCUCCCCCUGUCCAGCCUCCUCCAUCACCUAGCCCCCCUCCCAAGCCUGUUACACCACCUCCUCCACCCAAAGUCUUUGUAUCAGUGGGCUGCCAGACUGAGUAUGACCCUGUCUUCCCACCAUUGCAGGCACGGCUCACCCUACAUACACAUCUCUGUUUUCUCUCAUCUCAUACUUUCCACAUUCGCCCACACAAGGUGUUGCUUCUUUUUCUUGGCAUUAUAUAGUGACAUUUGUUAUUUUAUACUUUUCCAAUGCAUCUUCAGUUAGGUUGGUAGCCUUUCUUAUAAUGCAAUAAAACUCAAAAGGUCAUCUGGAAAUGCAUUCAGAUCUUCAGGGCAAAAGGGAGUAGUUGGGACUAACAGUGUUUUCAUUGACCAUCUUACUGUAGUUCUAUUUGUUAAAAUUCAGACAAUCACACUUGUAUUUAUUUUAUUUUAAUUUGUGUAAUGUUAUUCAAUUUAGGAUAUGAAACAUUUUCUUCUUUUUUGUGUGUUCACAUUUGUUUGACACAUUUAAACACCUGGCUGAGAAAUUCCCCAAAUUCUUGAGAAAAUAAACUCUUCACCUACGACCCUCUUAAAAUUCAGUAAAAGUGGAAAACAAUCCAUUUCCCUUUUUUGAUGCUGAUUUUGUAUCUUUUGUCAGUAACAGCCUUGAUGUUUUUUAACCGUGGUAUAUGAUCAGAAAUGUGGACACAUUUAAGUAAAUUUCCACAAGAAUUAUCUUUGAAUCCCAUGACCUGGUCUCCAUUGCAACUGCAAUACUGCACUAGUUUCUUGUUCUAAAAAAACAGACAUGUGAUUCUCUAGCCUAUUUUCACAUAAAGCACUGUUCUUGUUAACAAAGCUUUAGCCUUUAGGUUACUUUUAUGAAUAAUCUAUGCAGCAGGCAUGUAUUUAUUAGUGUGGUGUAGUUGUUUAUUAUUUAAAAUUUUAAUGAAAUGUUAUAUCAAAAACACUUUCUACAUUAUUCUUUCUUGUUUUAUGAAAUUGGUUUAAAUCAGUGACCACACUUUUGAUUAUUAUAUUUAAAUAUGAGUCAUACUUAUUUCCUCCAAAUCCUAGCAGUUGCACCUCAGUAAUAUUGUGAACAACUGAAUCUGGCCUGGUUUUUAAAUUCUGUGGUGUCCAUUCUUGCCAGAACAGAAACCCAACUUUAAAGCUUUGUCAGAAACCCCAUCAGUCUGGGUUAUGAGGGGCACUGACUUCCAGGACAGUGAGACUGAACACCCUUUUCUAAUUCUGACAUCUGAUGGCGCCAAGAGCCAUGUUCUCACAGAGCUGUUGAGAGUUUCAGGGCUUAGAGGCAGGAGAAAGGCAACCCUCCCCCACCCCCCACAUGUUUCCAAUGCACUAACUGUCCUGCAAUGUGCAGGAAUGGCAAGCCUGUGGUGCAACUGAAACCUAAUAUGGCACAUGACAGCACAGUUACCAACAAUUAUAGCAUCUCCCGUAGGACUUCCUUCAACAGGUCCCACUAGGUUAGAUACCAGAGUGUCAUUCGUCAUUGAUUCCUGUCAUAUGUUAGAUUGUGUAAUCAUUUGUGUUAUAGUUUUUAAAAUAAGGAUUUAUGCAUAGGUGUGUAGACAUUGUUGCUGUGUAUACGGUCAGGAGUAAGUGUUUGUGAGUGAGAUAAAAUAGACGGAGCAGAGUUGCUAUUUUCUGUCUCAAAGGAUUGUAGGUGUCAUGAAGCUCCGAUGUCUGCACCAUCUGAGAAGGUGUGUCUGUUUAUCCACAAAAGAGGCAGAUCACUCACAAAAUCCAGCGCAUACUUUUAUAGAAAAUACGUCCGUUCACCACAGUAUUCACUGCCUUGGUUGUUAACGCUCUACUGUUCUACUCAAGCAAUUUAGUAAAAUUAUAGAAAUCUUGGUUUCUUUUCU